AUGAAUUACAUUAACAAUCAAUAUAAACUUAUAAAGAAAUUAUCAUAAGGUAGUUACGGAAUAGUAUAUGAGGGUGAGAACAUUCCAAAUAAAAAUAUAGUAGCUAUUAAAAUAGAGAAAAAGGAUAAACCUUAAACUUUAGAGAGAGAAGUGUUGGUUUUAUCUCGAUUAUAAUUAAUUACAGGAAUACCUUAAAUAUAUUGGAAUGGAUCUCAUAAUGGAUAAAAUAUUUUAGUUAUGUAAUUUUUAUCUAAAGAUCUUGGAUAUUAUUUAAAGGAAUAUCGAAAAUUCAGUCUAAAAAGUGUGUUAAUGAUUGCAGAUUAAUUAAUAAAAAUUCUUAGGAAUAUUCAUUCUAAAUCAAUUUUACAUAGAGAUUUAAAGCCAGAAAACUUAAUGUAUCACUAAAGAUAAAUUUAUAUAGUAGAUUUUGGUAUUAGCAAGAUCUAUAAAGACAGUAAUUUAAGACAUAUGUAAAUUUAAUAAAAAUAAUAAAUAGACCAUUUAGAGAUGGCAGACCAUUUGUAGGAACUACUAGAUAUGCUCCUAUUGCUGCUCAUAAAGGUCAUGAAUUAAGUAGAAAAGAUGAUCUUGAAACUCUUAUUUAUAUUUUGGUUCUCUUUCUUAAAGGGUAUAUAUAAAUCAUUAAUUUAGAUUAAAGAGUUCUACCAUGGCAAAACUAGAUUUCGUAAAAUAAUAAAGAAAGGUAAAAAUUGAUAGGCGAAAAAAAGAUUAAAUUAAGUUCUACUGAAAUUUGUUAAGAUUUACCAAUCGAAUUCUAAAAAGCUUUAGAGUAAUAUUAUAAAUAAAUAUAAUCAAGUCAUAUUAAAAGUCUUGCAUUCUAAGUUGAACCUGAUUAUGAUUAUUUAAUUAAUUUGUUUAGAAAACUAGGCUAAAGACAUGGAUUUGAAUAUGAUAAUCUAUUCGAUUGGUGUAAAGAUGAAGAAAUUAUAGCUUAAACCAAAAUAAUGUAAUAGAGCGAGAAAAAUCACCCUUUUUCACUUAAAUGGUAUUAUAUCAUUAAUUCUAUUUAUCCAGCUAAUCUUUAUAAAUCCCAUCCACUAUAGAAUGUUUUGAAAAAAAAUAAUCAUCUAUUUCUAACAUUUUAUAAAAUCCUAUGCAAAUUUCAUAAAGUGCUGUUAUUAUGGAGAUUAAUUCAGAAGCCAGUCUUUCUGAUGACAUCACAAACUAACUCUAUAAUAACUAUAAGUAAUUAGAAAAUUUUACAAACUUAUAUAAAAACCAUCUCAUGAUCAUGAAACAUAAAUGA